AUGACAUGUAGCACCUGUAAAACUACAAGAAUUGCUGCGAAUUUCUAUCAUAUUUCUGGUGGCAAACUAUGUUUGCAUGCUACAUGUAACCAAUUAGUUCAAGACGGAAAUACCUUUACUAAUCCCAGCAUUAAUAAGGAUCCAGAAAAUAUGGAUUUAUUUUCUGAAAUUACAUCCAAAAUAUUCGAAGAAAAAGAAACACUAAAUGAGGCUGUAAAUUUUGCUUAUGAGAUUGAGAUAGACCAAGACCUUCUUGUUACUGCUUCCUUGACUCAAUCUGAUUUAGUUCAUAAUAAUGAUUUAAAGACAAUAGAAGAUAAUUUUCGCAAACUUGCCCACAUGCUUAUCGUGCCGCUUGAGUUAGGUUCCGGCUAUUAUUGGGAGGUACGCAACAUACAUUUAAAUACCUGGAAAAAAUCAUUUUCAGGCUCUGCAACUAUAUAUCUCGGCUACACAAUGCGAGAAGACCGGGCCUGGAAAAGAUCGGAUAAUCAACCACCUCAAAGAAUAAGUGAAAUCCGUGCACCAAUAGAAAGGUAUAACUGUGUAGGAAAUAUAAAGCUUACUAUAAUACCAAAAGAGCAAUAUAUUUUAGUUAAGGGACAUCACAAUAUGGCACAUAAAAAACCAACCUACCGACAAGUGAAGUUUCCUGUUGAAGCUAAAGAAUGGAUUAGAAACAACAUUUUAUUUAAUAUAAGAUGUACCGAAAUGCAUCGUCGGCUCCAUAUAAGCAAUCUCAUAAAUCCAGAAAUUCACACACUUGAACAGCCUAAAUUUAUAGAAAAAGGAUUUAAAAUUCUUAAUUAUCUUGAGAAUAAUUUUGUACGAACCUUAGGAUUUUUGACACCAUUAUUUAAACAAAUUGGCGUCGAAAACGCAACAGAAAUUGUCAUUGAUUCAACAUUUAAGACAAACCAAGAGAGGUUUGAAUUAUUUGUUGUGAAUCUAAACUGUGGCGGGUAUGGUAUGCCAAUAGCGUAUCUGUAUCUUUCCACCUUAGAUGGUACUGAGGAAGCAAGAAAUAAUCCAGCUAACAUUAUAAAAACACGUGUUGAAGUGUUACGUAUGUUUUUUAUUAGCCUUCGCCAGGAGGGGUUGUAUCCAAAGCCAGUCAUUAAUCCAAUUAAUAAUCCCUGGACUAGGCUAUGCGCAAUUAAUGUGAUUGACAAUCCUAUUGAAGUUCGUUUCAACUCAAGUAAUUUACAAAAUGAAUUAAUAACAAAUCAUAAUUUAAUGGAGGAAAGACGAGAAAAAUAUACUUAUUACAAAAAAAAAUUCAACAUAGCAUUAGAAUUAUAUAAUAAGGAAAUGGAUAAUAAUAAUUUUGUGAAUAAGUUUGACGAAUUGAUGAAACCAUUGUUAAAAGAAAUUGAAGAAUGCGAAAAAACAUUGAAAGCCCAUAAGCAACAAUCUACUUGGCAAUCUAAGGGAAAACUUGCCAU